GCUUCGACCAUCCAGCAAUUCUCGACAUAUAAUACCCGGCAAUGUCGACCGUUGAGCAGCAAGAGUCCAAGGACUACGCGAUUGUUCCCGAGAAGAACACCGCUUCCGUCGAUACUUCGACUUGGCCCCUUCUCCUCAAGAACUACGACAAACUCCAGGUUCGCACCGGUCAUUUCACCCCCAUCCCUCACGGAUGUGCGCCAUUGAAGCGUCCUCUCAGGGACUACAUCUCCUCCGGUGUGAUCAACCUCGACAAGCCUGCCAACCCCUCCUCCCACGAGGUCGUCGCCUGGGUUAAGCGCAUUCUCCGUUGCGAGAAGACCGGUCACUCCGGUACUCUUGACCCCAAGGUCACUGGUUGUUUGAUCGUUUGUAUCGACCGUGCUACUCGUUUGGUCAAGUCCCAGCAGGGUGCCGGUAAGGAGUACGUUGCUGUCCUCCGCCUUCACGACUCCCUCGACUCGGAAAAGAAGAUGGGUCAGGCCCUUGAGACCUUGACCGGUGCCCUCUUCCAGCGUCCCCCUCUUAUCUCUGCCGUCAAGCGUCAGCUCCGUAUCCGUAACAUCUAUGAGUCUAAGCUCUUGGAGUUUGACAACGACCGUCACCUCAGUGUUUUCUGGGUUUCUUGCGAAGCUGGUACUUACAUUCGUACGCUCUGUGUGCACUUGGGUCUUUUGUUGGGUGUCGGUGGUCACAUGCAGGAGCUUCGUCGUGUGCGCUCUGGAGCCAUGGGUGAGGACGACAACAUUGUUACGAUGCACGAUGUCUUGGACGCCCAAUGGAUGUACGACAACACCAAGGACGAGUCUUACUUGCGUCGCGUCAUCCGUCCGCUUGAGUCGCUAUUGACCAGCUACAAGCGUAUCGUUGUCAAGGACUCCGCUGUCAACGCUGUCUGUUACGGUGCCAAGCUUAUGAUUCCUGGUCUUUUGCGUUACGAGGCUGGUAUCGAUGUGAACGAGGAGGUCGUUCUCAUGACCACCAAGGGUGAGGCUAUUGCCAUCGGUAUUGCUCAGAUGUCUACCGUUGAACUUUCCACUUGCGAUCACGGUGUUGUUGCGAAGGUCAAGCGUUGCAUCAUGGAGCGUGAUACUUACCCUCGCAGAUGGGGUAUGGGUCCCGUGGCCAUGGAGAAGAAGAAGAUGAAGACCGAGGGUAAGCUCGACAAGUUCGGUCGCACCAACGAGCAGACCCCCACGACUUGGAAGAAGGAGUACGUUGACUACAACAAGCUCUCUGAUGACGCCGAUGCCGCUGCCCCGGUGAACGGAGAUCUCGUUUCCGACGCCACUUUGGCCAAGAUGGAGGGUGUUGAGCAGACUUCCUCUAAGCGCAAGGCGGAGGAUGAUGAUGAUGACAAUUCUGACAAGGAGGAUUCUCCCAAGAAGAAGAAGGUUCGCACUGAUGAGGAGAAGGCCGCCAGGAAGGCCAAGAAGGAGGCCAAGAAGGAGAAGAAGGACAAGAAGGUCAAGGAUGAGAGCGAUUAGACUCUAUCUUCGUUGUUGAAAUGGGAUGGGCGGGUUACUCAAGGUGGUUUUGAAGGGCGGGG